AGUGUAUAUUGGCAUUUCUCUGUAUCAUUCACCUCUUCAUGUUUGAUACUUGCUCAACUUCUUCACGACUUUGUGCAUCACUUCCUUCACCAUGUCCAAUUCCUUAGCCACCGGCGAACCCCACAAAUUCGGUAUAUUCCCCACGGAACUUGAAACAGACAUGGGCCCAAAUUCCUCGUCCAAGAAGCAAAAAUCCAAAGAAGAUCAGGACAUAAUCAGCAACCUACCUGAUGUCAUUAUUUAUUACAUUCUCUCUUUUCUUCCAACUAGAGAUGCAGUUCGUACUUGUGUUUUAUCCAAGAGAUGGAUAUACCUCUGGACAUUCAUCACCAAGCUACACUUUAACGAUAAAGAGCGACAUCGGUAUAUAGGCAAAACCCGCUUUGUAAACUCUGUGUAUAGGGUACUAAUUCAUCUAAACACUUCAAGCAUUCAAAGCUUCUCUCUUUCCCUUUCAGAGAAUUAUAAUUCUUACCAUGUUAAUCAGUGGAUAUCUGUUAUGUUAAGACGAAGACUUAAAGAGCUUUAUAUCAAAUCAACCAAAGAAAAUGACAUCUUCUCACCUUCCCUUUGGAAAUCCCCGUCUUUAGAGAAAUUGGUGUUGUGUAUGAGUGCUUGUUCUAUCAAACGGAAAAUGAAUUAUGAUGUUAGAGUCAAAGUUCCCACCUGUGUUUGUCUUUCGUCCCUUACUGUCCUCAUCUUGAAUGGAAUCACAUUUACCUGUGCCCCCUCUAAUGACUCGAAGAAGCUUAACCUUAACUUCCCAGUUCUUAGAAAGUAUGAGACAGAAUAUUGCGAGUGGUUAAAUGUAAAGGGUGUCACUUUUGAAGUUCCUCUACUUGAAGUGCUUCGAAUAAGCCAUACUCGUGUGUUAGGGCCAGAUGGUUCUCGUUCUGUAAUCAAGUUUUGUGCUUCGCGUCUUGCAAAAUUUUCUUAUAUCGGAAACAUGUCAGAUGCCAGUUUCAUAGACCUAUCUAUAACACAAAUUGCCUCUGCUAAUAUUUUGACACAAAGAGAGGGAAGUGAUGAAGCAUCCGGGCUUCUUGCUUACGAGUUUCUGAAAAAGUUCAAUAAUAAAGUGGAAUGUCUAAGUUUUUACCAGCCAGAGGUUCUUGUGCCAGCAGGGGAUUCAUUGAUCGAGCUUCCUGAAUUUGAAAUGUUGAGUCGUCUGGAGCUAGAUGAAGUUGCUGGUGUAUUGUUGUUGUUCUUACUUAUAAAAGCACCACUUCUCAAGACUCUUGUUUUUCGGGAGCUACUUUCUUUUGAGGAUGACCUUUGGGAUGCCAGAUGUGUGCCUUGUGUCUUAACUAACCUGCAAGAGUUAUAUUUUGGAAGACUUAAAGGUGAUGAACAUGAGGUUAGAUUCGCCAAAUUUGUAGUGGAAAAUGCUCGAGUCUUGAAGAGAGCAAGAUUCAUAGCUUGUCGGGGUCUCCGUUGGUCCAAAUUUGACCAAUUUAAAGAGAAGAUAUUGUCAUUAAAGAAAAGUGUUGGCUCUGCCGUUAUUGAAUUUUCAUAAAGAACAGUUGAGCUUGAGCCAGCUUUAGGACUGUAAUGUCGUUUCAUGCUUAUUACAGUAUCUUAGUUUAUGCCUUUCAUUCACGUGUCUCUAAAAGCAUAUUGAUUUUCGUUUUACAUCAGCAAGUAACUUUUAAUUUAGAGCUUCAAAA